UUAGCCACAGCAGUCCGUAAAGAUAUGGCUUUCACUUUCACUCAGCCUGUCGAUUGAGCUGCUUUCGUUCAGUCUGUUCACUCGAUCAAGCUCUGCCUGCAGCCCCUGCAUGAAUCAGAAGCUGCCUGCUGGUGAUAUGGAGGACAUGCAUGCCUGAGCUUGAUUUCUUCCACUGAGAAGCCAAUCGUUCACAAUCCUGGAGUCGGUCAUCGAGGUUCAACAUUCCGUGCGUACGUAAGUAGACUGAGCAAGAUAGUCCUAGCACGGGCUCUGUUACUCAGGCUUCCGGCUGCAUUCGAGAUCUGUUGCUGAGAACAGAAUUAGGGCUCAAGGAUGGGGAAUACGGUGGUGAAAUGUUGCGCUGGACAGGGAACGGUGAGAAUUAUGAAAACGGACGGGAAUGUGGAGGAAUUGGAGUGGCCCAUAUCUGCAGAGGAAGUGAUGAAGCGGCAUCCUGCACACCUGGUAAUAGAUUCCACUCGCCUAGAGAAGAAACAGAAGUAUCAGGUGGUUGGGCAGAGGACGAACAAAAUCAUACUGAUGCGUCCACAAAUGGCUCUCCAACCAGGACACUUGUACAUCCUGUACCCGGUCCCAGUUAAUCCUCAACGAGAACCAGAGCUCUCGAGAUCACUCUCUUUUGAAACUGUUCCUGUCCCACCUCAGCAAUCACUCAACAGAUCCUAUUCUUAUUCCAGCUCUCUUUCCAAGAAAGUGUCUCUGAACACCAGUCAAUCCUUUUCGUCGCCAGACCCAUUCGAACACUUCGAACACUUUAACACAACCAUGAAGAGGAGGAGGUCGUCAGUGGUUAUUGCCAGUGACAUCUUACAUUCAUUCCAAGCUAGGGAAGAAGCGGUAGUGGAUGAGCCUGCAGUCCCGGAACCGAAGGAGGAGAAGCAAAGAGGUCACGGAUGGAGUCCAUCGCUGUCUAGCAUUCCGGAAUCGCCUGCUGGAUCCUUGCGAGUGUUUGAAUCAUCUUCAGGCCAAGCCUCAUCGAAACAGAUGACUAAAGUGCCUUUGAGAAAUUCGAGCAACAUCAACAAGCUUCUGAAACAAGCUCUUCUCAACAAGCAUCCGAGAAGUUUCUGGAGAUGAUCUUCCUGCUCUUCCGCCAUCGUUACAACAGCUGGUGUUCGAAGCAGGAUAAGCUUUGCUCCUCAUCUGUGAUGGAGUCAAGGGGCAUAAUUCAACACAGCAGUAUUUCCCAUUGCAAUGUGGAGAUGGGGACGCGCAUAAUUUGCUGCGAGGGAGCUGCUCUUCAUAAAUGUUGGAGUAUAAGCUGCAGGUGAAACGCAUCUGGUGCGAUCUAAGGUGAUCGACCAGAUUGCUUGAAGCUCAGAUUAAUCACGAAGUCCGAGUAAGAUGGAAGUUAGUCUGUAUUCAGAACUAGUACUUAGUGGCAAACCAUUACUUCCUUGAGCAAAGAAUUUGAUGAUUGAUGAAGGUCUGAUAUGGCCGUAGUUUCCAACUGUCAGAGUCGAGCCGAGAAGAGAUACUGCAAAACAUGAACACCAGGAGUGUCAUGCAACAGUCUACCACCUGAUGGCAGAAGUUGCACGUAUGUCAGCCAUGUUUUGACCUCUUGAGUGCUGGGCGAUAUUACUUCGCAUCUUAAGAGCUCUCUAUAUGCACUGAAAGGGAUUGAAUCCGUGGUUAGGAACUACAAUCCUAUCUUUUUACGGACAGACUGAUAUUGCUCAAGCAUCUCGACUUUACAUCACAAGCGCCAUGAUGAUCAUAGUGUUUGUGCUGUGCAGUCGAGUAGAUUAGAUUAGAUUAGAUUAGAUAAGUUCAAAAGACCCUUGUCAUAUUAGAGGUCUUCUUAGUUUAAUUAGUGUUCAUCUUACUUUUAUCACUGUAAAAUUCAUGUAGUCAUCUCAAGUUCCCAUCUCGCAUCUAUGGAGAUUUCUUCUUGUCAAGUUUCGAUUCAGUGGAGAGAGUUCAUGGUUGUUGUCAGGUCGAACCUGACAGGUAGAAAACUGCAACGAAGCAGUGUUCAGAAUUUCAGAACUUUGCAGCAGUCCGUCGAUUAUACCCUCUUUGGUCUACAAGGUCGAUGCCAUGAAUGACCACCGAACCUAGCAGCAGAUUGUGAACAAGCUUCAGUUUAUUCAAGUGAGACGUGGCGUUUAUAGUAUAAAGCG